AUGCACUUUGAACUUUUGAAGCGUCUUGUGCAUUAUGUGUUCAAUCCUGCACUGGUUGAAGGAAAUUUGGCAGAUACUAUAACAUUUGAGAAUUUUGUUACACUUGAACAUUCUCAUUACAUUUAUAAUAGAGUCAAUUUUGGGAUGGAUCCUAGUCAAAAUCACAAGGGCUCCCAAAAACCUAGAAGGAAACUUAGAAACUUGCCUAUAAUCAUUAUCCCAGCUAUAUGCAAAGAUAAAGGUAGCCCUUUUGGAGAUCCUGAUGUCUACUACACAUAUGGGAUGAUUGGAUCAGUUUAUAUAUGGAGUUAUGUUUAUAACAUAAUGAGGGUUUCGGGAUCGUUGGCUACUCGUGUUAUCAAAUAUUACAACAAGUUGAACCAAAAGAUGCCACUUAUAUAUGUGAAGCUAUACACAUACCAGCUAGAUACUCUGACUAGUGAUAUUUCUAAUAUGAAUGAUGUUUUGCUUGCCAAGCCUGCUGGCUUAAAGAAAAGAUAUGUUGGGUCUCGCCACACCUCGGAAUGGUUCAAUACUGCAGGCAGAAGUGUUAAGACAAGACUCAUUGCUAGUGUCAUUAUUUCACAGUGGACAUGGACUGCUACAAUCUUGCAAAGCUCAAAUGUUGCUUGGGAAUAUGGGGUCAGUAAUCCUUUUUGA